AUACGCCCCUUCUACACUCACAUGCAAAUGCUAUAUAUGAAGACAAUCACUUUGACUGCAUUGGCAAUGGCCGCCACCACGGUAGCCGCUGGCGAAAUCCCUGAUUCAUGUGUAUCCUACACUGACUAUUCUUCCACACCCCAUGGCACCGGCGCCAUUCCAGCAAUGCGGCCACCGCCCGAAUGCCGCACCUUCACUAGCGCAGUGAUAGAGCAUGUGAUCAACGACACCGUCGGGCGAAUCCGCGACCCCGUCUGGAAGCAGCUGUUCACGAAUGUGUUCCCAAACACCCUGGACACGACGGUCGCGUGGCAGAGCACCAACGGCACCGCGUACAGCUUCCUGAUCACCGGCGACAUCACCGCACAGUGGCUACGGGACAGCGCCAACCAGGUGCUGCCCUACCUGCCGUACGCUACCCAGGACACGAACAUCGCGAGGCUGGUCUUGGGUCUGGUCAAUCUGCAGGCGGAGGAACUGGUGGAGGAUGUAUAUGGGAACGCAUUCCAGCCGCCACAAUUCUCGGUCGUGAAGCCUACGCCCAACGGGAUUGCUAUCGACUUGGAGGUCUUCCCAAUGUUCAAUAAUGAAACUGUGUUUGAGGCUAAAUUCGAGAUUGACUCGUGGGCGUCGUUUCUGCAGAUUUCGACGCAGUACUGGCGUGCGACCAAAGAUACCUCCUUCAUCAACCGUGCGUCAUGGGUAGCCGCUGUGCAGAAGAUUCUGCGGGCUGCCAGGCUCCUGCAGGCGCCUACGGUUUUGGGUGGCCGCAGACUAUCACCGUUGACUGUCGCAUAUAAGCGCAAUACAGAUACUGCCACCGAGACACAGUUUGGCGGUGGUCGUGGGAACCCUGUCAGGUAUACGGGCAUGGUGAGCACGCUGUUCCGCCCAUCCGACGACGCAACCAUAUUCCCGUUCCUCGUGCCCGCCAACGCAUUCCUGUCUGUGGAGCUUGCCAAUCUCUCUGAGAUGCUUCGUACACUGAAUAUAUAUUCAGAUCAGGCACAAGCUGCGGAGCAGCUCUCUGACGAGAUCCGUAAGGGCAUCUUUGAAUACGGCACAUUGGUGCAUCCAAAACACGGCAGGGUGUUUGCAUACGAGACCGAUGGAUACGGGUCGGCACUGAUUAUGGAUGAUGCUAACGGGCCCUCGCUCCUCUCGCUUCCGUAUCUAGGGUUUGUGGAUGCACAGGACCCGAUUUACGCCAAUACACGUCGCCUGAUACUGUCUAUUGAUAAUCCGUGGUAUUUUGCCGGCAGUUAUAUCCGCGGAAUCGGCAGCCCGCAUACCGGAUUUCUGCGCGUGUGGCCGAUGGCUGUGGCUAUGCAGGCGAUGACUUCGAGCGAUGCUGCUGAGGUGAAAGACUGCUUGGAGACUCUGAAAUCGUCAACAACGGGGCUUGGGUUAAUGCACGAGUCCGUAAACGUGGAUGACGAGAAGGACUAUACAAGGUCGUGGUUUGCAUGGUGCAAUUCAUUGGUUGGGCAGCUCGUAGUGGAUGUCAUGCACCGCUUUCCAGGUAUCAUUUAAUGUCAUG